AUGAAAACUAGAGAACCACCAAGACCAGGCACUUCAGGAAAUAAUCGUAGUCUCAGGCAUAAUGCGCAUAGACGUGAUGAAGCUUCAAAAACACCAUCACAGAAGUGUACACUUCAGUUACUAACUAGGCCUCGUGAAAACGAUUUUAAUGCUGACAAAGAUGAGCAUUUCCCCGCUGAUGGGAUUAAAACAAGUUAUAUAAACAGCUCAUUAGUGAAAGAUCCGACACCGAAAGUUGCUCGAUCCAUUGCUGUGAAUGAAGCAAAUGUACAAAAAGAUAAGGAAAUGAGUAGUGCAAAGAAAUUACUGAAUGAUUCUAUGAGCUUUGAGGACUUCUUCAACGAAUAUUUGUCGGACAACACGAGUUUCGAUGUGAUCGGUGCUAUAGGUCCUCAAGGAGCUGGAAAGUCUACCAUUCUAAGUAUGUUAGGUGGUAACGAUCCUCAAGACAUGUACAGAUAUUAUAUAUUCCGUCCUGCAUCUAGAGAAGCUAUAGAAUCGUCCCGUUAUCAAACUGUUAAAAUAUUUGCAUAUAUAGGAAAGUCACGAACAAUUUUCCUUGACUGCCAGGCUACCAAUUGCUCUUCAGUGGUGGAGGAAGUUCUUCGUCAUGGUAAUUAUAAAACAGAUGAUAGAGCUGAUAUCAUAAACAACUUAGAGUGUAUCGACAUAGUUGCGCUCAUGCUACAAGUCUGCCAAACUAUUCUAGUUUGUAAUGAUUGGCUUUUCGACUUAGACUUGAUCAAGAUGAUAAGGUUAGCUGAGGGAAUAAGAGCAGCUAGUUUGAAUAUCAGUGGGUUACCAACAAUCAAUACGGAACGACGGGUGAAUUUAGUUUUCCUACACACGAAAGCAAAGGCUAACGAUUUUUGUAAAACAGUUUUAGCAAGUAGAGUACGCAUCAUUAGAGGACUGUUCAAAGAUUCAAAAAGAAUUCGCAUUCCUGAGUGUGAUUCUAUGGUACUCAUUCCCCUUUCUGACAUCAAACCAAGAAAGGAUACAAUAAGUAAUAUUCACUCAGCGGCCCCUCAAGAACGACCUUACGUGGUUGAAGAAGUUGUGGAUUUUCAAACAUCGAUACGUGACCUCAGGAAUAACUUAGCAUGUUUAGAGAGAGAUCCUUUCUCUCUGCAAGUUUUUUCGGAAAGACAAUGGUUCAACUUUACAAAAAUGGUUUGGAAGGACAGCACAUUUGUAACAUCAUUAGAUUACUACAAAGUCUCCAUCAGUACAUAA